GUGGCGCCCGUUGUCCAUCCAGGCCCUGCUUGGCUUUUGCCUGGUGUUGCUUUCCCCUCCCAGAGAUCAGUCAGCACUGUGGGUCCAACACCAUGAGGUUCUAAAGACACCUAGCCAACCACGGUCUCUCCGAGUGGCCAGGCUGUGGGAGGAUGGGGCAGGACCAGACCAAGCAACAGAUCGAAAAAGGACUGCAGCUGUACCAGUCCAACCAGACAGAGAAGGCACUGCAGGUGUGGAUGAAGGUGCUGGAGAAGGGCUCUGACCUCGUGGGCCGCUUCCGGGUGCUGGGCUGCUUGGUAACAGCUCACUCAGAGAUGGGUCGCUACAAAGAGAUGCUGAAGUUUGCUGUGGUCCAGAUUGAUACUGCUCGGGAGCUGGAGGAUGCUGACUUCCUGCUCGAAAGCUACCUGAACCUGGCGCGCAGCAAUGAGAAGCUCUGUGAGUUCCACAAAACCAUCUCCUACUGCAAGACCUGCCUCGGCCUGCCUGGUACCAGGGCUGGUGCCCAGCUUGGGGGUCAGGUCAGCCUGAGCAUGGGCAAUGCUUUCCUGGGUCUCAGCCUCUUCCAGAAGGCCCUAGAGAGCUUUGAGAAGGCCCUGCGCUAUGCCCACAACAAUGAUGACACCAUGCUGGAGUGCCGUGUCUGCUGCAGCCUGGGCAGUUUCUACGCCCAGGUCAAGAAACCAGGUUACCUGCUUUGUAGAAGGUCACGUCGCAUUUCUCCAUCUUGCUUUUGUGUUUCCGUGAGGCAUCCUGAGAUCCUUCAUUUAUCUCCAGUGAUCCUGGACUAUGAGAAAGCCCUGUUCUUCCCCUGCAAGGCUGCAGAGCUUGUCAACGACUAUGGCAAAGGCUGGAGCCUCAAAUAUCGGGCCAUGAGCCAGUACCACAUGGCUGUGGCCUACCGGCUGCUGGGCCACCUGGGCAGUGCCAUGGAGUGUUGUGAGGAAUCCAUGAAGAUUGCCCUACAGCAUGGUGACCGCCCACUGCAAGCACUCUGUCUGCUCUGCUUUGCUGAUAUCCACCGGAGCCGUGGGGACCUGGAGACAGCCUUCCCAAGGUACGAUUCCGCUAUGAGCAUCAUGACCGAGAUUGGAAACCGCCUGGGGCAGGUGCAUGUGCUACUGGGUGUGGCCAAGUGCUGGAUGGCCAGGAAGGUGCUGGACAAGGCUUUGGAUGCCAUCGAGAAAGCCCAGGACCUGGCUGAAGAGGUUGGAAAUAAGCUGAGCCAGCUCAAGCUGCAUUGCCUGAGUGAGGGCAUCUACCGCAGCAAAGGGCUGCAGCGCGAGCUGCGCGCGCACGUAGUGAGGUUCCACGAAUGCGUGGAGGAGACUGAGCUCUACUGCGGCCUCUGUGGCGAGUCCAUUGGGGAGAAGAACAGCCGGCUGCAGGCCCUGCCCUGCUCCCACAUCUUUCAUCUCAGAUGCCUGCAAAACAACGGCACUAGGAGUUGCCCCAACUGCCGCCGCUCUUCCAUGAAGCCAGGCUUUGUGUGACUUCGGUGGCCAUCUUGGGUUUCCACAUAACCUCCCCUGGCUCCUUCUCCACCAUCAAGCUGGAGGCCCUGGUUAAAUCCUAGGGUAGUGGCCAGGGCCUCCAUAGCCGAAUCAGGGCCAGAGGCCUGCCUGUUGCUCUGGGCCUAGCUCCCCUCCCCUGCUUCUUUGUACUUUGUUCUUUAUAGAAAAAUAAA